AAAGAAAAUAAUUUACAGCUAUAGCAGGUGAGUGAGGUAUCUCCGGGAUAGAAUACUGCAAAGCAAACGGACUGCGUCAGUCUCCGGUCUCCACCAUCAACAACUAUCCUAAUAACCUUACUUCAUCUGUUCCUUUUUUUUUCUUCCUAUAUUCUCCAAAAGGUAAUUAAUUUCACAUUCUCAAAAUCAACGUACCAGUUCUCAUUAUUAGGUUUCAAUUUUCGGCAUUUCGCUAUGUCGAACAGGAACCGCGGCCAACCUCAUCCUCCUCAUCUACCUCACGCCGCCAUAUCUCCACCGAUCCACGAUCCCAUCUUCGCCAUGCGAGGAGGAGGUGGAGGCCAUCCACCUCAUCCCUCUCUUCUAGAAGAUUUCCGUGAAUCUCAAUUAGGGUUAGGCCACCGUCCACAUCAUCUCCACCCAGCUGCCGUUAUCGAGGAACGCCUCGCGGUGCAGCACGGUGAGAUUCAAGGCCUAUUGGGAGACAACCAGAGACUGGCCGCCACUCACGUAGCACUAAAGCAGGAACUGGAAGCUGCUCAACAUGAAUUACAAAGGAUGGCGCAUUUUAAGGACUCUCUUAGGGCUGAUACUGAGGGAAGGAUGAGGGAAUUGUAUGAGAAGGCGGCACAGUUGGAAGCCGAGCUUCGUGGUGCCGAUGCGGCCAGGGCUGAGCUUCAACAGCUUCAUGGUGAUAUUAAAGAGCUUACUGCUGUUAGGCAGGAUUUGUCCGGUCAGGUUCAGGCGAUGUCGCAGGAUUUGGCUAGGAUGACGGCUGAUUUGAAACGGAUGCCGGCUUUGAGGGCAGAUGUUGAUGGAAUGAAACAAGAAUUGCAAUGUGCAAGAGCUGCCAUUGAGUAUGAGAAGAAAGGAUUCACGGAAAACUAUGAACAUGGUCAAGUGAUGGAGAAGAAGUUGAUUGCCAUGGCUCGUGAGAUGGAGAAGCUUCGUGCAGAGAUUGCAAAUGCAGAGAAAAGAGCACGUGCUGCAGCUGCUGCUGGGAAUACAGGUCCAGGAUAUCAUGCAAACUAUGGCAAUGCUGAGACUGGAUAUGCUGGAAAUCCUUACCCUGCCGCCUAUUAUGGCAUGAAUCAGAACCAGAAUCAGAAUCAGGUACAGCCUGGUGUGGAGAAUUUUCCGCAAUAUGGACCUGGACCUGCUGCUUGGGGUGCAUAUGACAUGCAGCGAGCUCAAGGACAAGGACAUAGAUAGACUUCUAUCCUGUUAAGCAAUCUUAUAACGGGUAUCCUGGGCUGCAACUUUCUAGAUUGGUUAGGGGUUCUACUCAUGGACAUCAUGGGAAAUUGUUUCUUAGAUGCUCCUUGAAAUUGUACUUAUAUUAGAAGGCUCAUAUUAGCAUGUUUGUAUAUGGUGUCAAUUGAUGGAUAUUUUACUUUAUAGGGUGUGGCAGUUAUGCUAACCUUGCUACUUUGUCUUUAGAUUAAGUUUUUCAUCUACUCCUAUUUCAUAUUGAUAAUUGAAGGUUGGUUAUCAUCAACAUUGUUCACCUACAGUUAGAUUUUAUGUAAAAUAUUAGCUACGUGUUAACCAACCCCACCACCAUGGAGAACAAGGGAAAUAACAGUUGUUCGUGUUCCCUCCUUCA